UUAGUUUAACAGAGAAGCAACCGGUGGAUUAUCAGUGAAAAUGUUCUUCUUUGGGUUCAGUGUAAUACUUGUCAUCGCAAACGUGUUUGGUGCUCCACUGGACGCCCAAAACUCCCAAGGCUACCAACAGCAAGGAAACAAUGCCCUUCAAUCCCAAGGUCACUCCCAAAACCCUCAACAACAAGGCUACCACCAGCAAGGAAUUGGUGCUCUUCAAAAUCAAGUUACCAACGCAACCUCAGUGGAGAUCGUCAGUCAAUCUGAAGAAGUAGGCCCCGAUGGCAGUAUUAAGUUCAGUUUUGAAACCAGCAACGGUAUCCACGUGCAAGAAAAUGUUUACACCAAGAAGAACGAGCAUCCUCAGCCUCAACAAUCCAAUCCUGAAGAUCCCGAAAGUGCCUCUGCAUCCAGCGAUAUUCAGGUCAUCGAAGGAGAAUAUUCAUUCAAGGCUCCUGAUGGACAGGUCUACAAUGUCAAAUACAUUGCUGAUGAAAAUGGAUUCCAACCCCAAGGAGAACAUUUACCCACCCCACCACCACCCCCCCAAGGACUAGCUGACGCGAUGUCCGCUUUCCAAGGUCAGCAACAGCAACAACAACAGCAACAAGGUCAAACACAAGGUCAACAACAGUUUGCUCAGCAACAACAACAAAGUUAUUCCACCCAGCAGCAACAAGGUCAAACACAGCAACCUUUGGGGGGUCAAUAAGCAUAUUAAGAAAUUAAUAAGUUUUUGUAUGAAUUGUAAA